AUGACCAUCAUCUCUCUGCUCCUGCUGGUCUCUCUGCUGCCACACCUGACCUUCACUGCUCGUGUGAAUGUGGGAAUAGUGAAUGGCACAGAAGUAAAACCCCACUCCAGACCUUACAUGGUUUCUAUUAAGAAGGACAAGACACAUGUCUGUGGUGGAUUCCUCAUCUCUGAUGAGUUUGUCAUGACUGCUGCACAUUGCUGGAAUGGAAAUGAGAUUCUGACAGUUGUGGUUGGUGCUCAUGAUUUAAGGAAGAGUAAGAGUUCUGAUCACAUCGGAGUGAAGAACUACAUCCCACAUGAGAACUCUGAUCUGAAUGACAUCAUGCUUUUAAGGCUACAGAGAAAACUCAACCUAAAUAACUACGUUAAAUGGAUAUCAUUACCAAAGGUUGGGGAAGAUGUCGAAGCAGAUACUAUCUGUAGCGUUGCGGGCUGGGGACAACUGCAGACUAACGGCCAAAACAGCAAUCGUCUAAUGGAGGCAAGCGUGUAUAUAUUGAAUAAGAGAGAAUGUAAAAAAAAAUGGGGAUCAAUCUACUCAGUCUCAAAGAUGAUGUGCACACGUGGCCAUGGUGGAUCCUGCUUUUAUUCCUCAGGAGGUCCUUUGGUUUGUGGACACACUGCAGUUGGCAUCACAGCUUUUGGAUAUAGAUUACAGUGCAAUUCACCUCAGUAUCCUAAUGUGUACACUAAGAUUUCACCAUAUCUUCAGUGGAUCAACCGCAUAAUUAGAAAUGGGUGA